UUUGUGUUUCCCUUUAAGAACAGCAGGAAGUGAAUUCCAGUGGGUGUGGCCUGUCUGUUGACAUCGACACGAGCAGCUUGCGUGCUACAGCCAUGUCCUCUCCAGAGAUCUCCUCUCUCUCCUGGGGCCACAUGAAGGUGAAGGGAUGCUCCUCCAGCUACAAGGACUGUAAGGUGUGGCCUGGAGGCAGCCGGGCCUGGGACUGGAGGGAGACCGGCACUAACCAUCACCCUGGAGUGCAGCCUGCGGACGUGGAGGAGGUUCUGCAGAGGGGCGUCGACCUGCUGGUCAUCGGAAGAGGGAUGAAUGAAGCCCUGCAGGUUCCCUCCACCACUCUGGACUUUGUGAAGCAGAGCGGUGUGGACGUCAGAGUCCUGCAGACGGAGAAGGCCGUUGCUGAAUACAACAAACUGGUCGGUCAGGGGGUCAAGGUGGGCGGAGUCUUUCACUCCACCUGUUGAGGACGCGCCCCGUGUUCGUGCACCGGAGGAAAUGACCGACAGACGAUGGCGGCGCCGUGUUCCACCGUCUGGUGUGAACCGGUGGUUUCCUCCUGCAGAUCUCACUGAUACUGAAACAACAGUUCUAAUCUUAGAGUGUGAAAGUCCUCAGGAUGUGUUUGCUGCGCUGUAGAAGAUCACUGGCGACUUAAGACAAUUUAUAUAAAAGAUUAUAAAUCAGUGAACUCUUUUCACUUUUGUAUAUUUGCCUCUAGAUGAAGAAAAUCUGUGGGCAGAGAAAUUCAGUUUGUCGUUGAUGUUAUUUCAAAGUCGACUUUAAAUCAGAUUGAUCUUUGACCUUUUGUGUAAAGAUCAUUCACUGGUUGCUGUGAAGUCGAUGAAUGUUUUCAUGAUAUGAAGGUUUGUCUGCUUGUUUGCUACAGAAAAUAAAAUAAGAGAAUGAAUCUCCUUCA